UGCAAAUUACAAGUGCUGGCAUUACCCACCACCCUCUCGUGGAGUGCAGUCCGAUCAAGCGCCAGCAAUGAAGUACCUUAUUUUCCUGGGAUUCCUGGCAGUGGUGUCGGCCUACCCUGGAGUGAUCCACGAUGAGGCGCCUCAACUCGAGGAGAAGUACGACCACCAGGCACUGAUCGGCGAGUCAUCACACCAUCACCACGUGGAACACGAGCAUGCAAAGUCACACCAGUCGAUCAAGUUCGAACAUUUCCACCCAGUCCCCGUGUACGUGAAGAAAGAACACAGCCAUCUGUUAAAGCACCCGCUGGAGAAGGGCAAAUCUGAGCAGAACCUGAAGCAGAUCCACCCUGAAACUCACCAUCAUCACGGCGGCGGUCUCGUGCUGGAGGACCACAGGUUCGACACCGAGCACCUGGCCGCUCAGCUCGAGCAUGGACAUGGACUUGAGCACGGUGGCUUCGAGCAGGGUGGCUACGAGCACGGUGGCUAUGAGCACCUUGGCGGCUUCGAAGGCUCCGAAGGUCUUAAGGGAUACGCCGAGCUCCACCAGCCCGAAGCACAGGGCCACUACUAUGAAGCUCAAGCCCUCGCCGACAGCGGGGAAGGUUACAAAGGUUAUGAAGGCUACUAACUGCAUUUAAUCCAGUCCUACUCUACCUAUGGGCAUAACUCGCGUGGAAACUCUCCACCGUCUAAUGUAUUUUAGGUGUACUUCUUGCCUGUUGAUAUUAGUAUUAUGUAUUUUAGAUCAUAGCAUAUACUAAGUCGCUGAUCUUUGACUGGUUUUGUGGUUGGCGAGACUUCGUAAUCGAACUGAAUGUACCUGAUUUAGAUAUAAUACAAAAUUGAUAUGUGACGUGAGUUGCGUCGAUCUGAUAACGAGGUGGAAAUUAAAUUUCGUCAUGCUGAAUUCUCAAAUCGAUGUGAUAGAAAGUCUCGAGAUUGUAAAACGUUGGUCGAUUGCUCUCGUUUGUUUUAGAGUUCCGAAGUCUAAUGGGCUCUCUGGAUUCAACACGUGUGUAUUUUCCUCGCUUGAUUCUCAUUAUGAAAUAAUUAUUGUAACUUAAGGAGAACGUUGAUUGAGUCCCAGUGAAAUUGUGAUAUUAAUAAAUGUUGGUUUUUAAAACGUGAA